UCAAAAGACAGGUAUUCAUAUUCAAGGCGUUCAGAUUUUCAACUGAUUUCAAAGAUAAAACACCAGCAGGGGGCGAAAGAGUGUAUGCAUUGUGGAACCCAUCAUUAGCUUGUGUUUCCCUGGGGAACAUAUAUACUGGUGCACCUUUGUGAUAGCAGGUGGUGAAAUGUUUGGUGGAAAAGCAUUUCACUGGAAGUCCUUCACGGAAGAGGAGACUCUCAUCCAUACACAUUCAGCUCAUUUAGGAUUCUGGAGACUCAACCGUCCUUAAAGGCCUUUUUCAAGUUUGGGCAAAGAGCUGCAGUGUGAACCAUACACAACUUGACAGUUGAUAACCGCGUGGCAGUGAAGACAAAAGGAUUAACGGCCUGAAGUCAGGAAAGCUGUCGUCGCAGAGAGGAAUAUUGACUGACAUCUCAACAUGGCGGAGGAAGCUCUUGGAAUAACAGUGAAGGAGCUGAAGCAAAAAAGAACUUUAGCUAAAAGCACUUUUACCAAGCAGGCAAACUUCCUCAGCAGAGUCGCAAAGCACAUGACUAAAAGAGAACUACAAGAGGAGUUCAAGAAGCUCAAGUCGGAGGCGAGGACGGUCAGUGAGAUAAAUGACGAGUACAGGGCUGGCCUUCUGGCAGACAUUGAAGCUGGAACCGAUGAGGGUGAAGAAGCUGAACUGAGCAAGGAGAAGCAGGCUGAACUUGAGAAGACGUUCCAAGAAUGCGAGGCACGAUUGGAUGAGGUCAAGGAGAUGGUCCAGUCCAAUCUAUGGCCUAGAUAUGGCGAAAAUGAGGUGAAGUCUGCAAUCCAUGAAGCCGAGACAGCCUGUGAUGGAGUUGCUCAGAUACCUGUUACCGCUGUAAACAGAGAUGGCUUUGAGCUACGGUGGGAUAGUGUGAAAACACAAGUCCAAAAUGCAAUCGCAAGCCUAGCAGAGUGGGAGAUGUGGAUUCCGGUGGCAGAAAAGGAAAGGCUCGGAGGGAGAGUGAAGGAUCUGAAGGCAUUCGGCAACAACCUUGAAGCAAGGAGGGCAGGAUUUCUCACAGCACAAAGAAUUGCAGAAGAUGAGAGGGACAGAGGGAGAGUGCCGCAGGUGCCCAUGCCAGCUCCACAACCGACACUGAGGAUAAAGCCAAUCUGUCUACCCAAGUUCAGUGGGUAUAAAAGGAACUUCCAUCGAUGGAGAAGAGACUGGGAGAGUCUGCAAAAGCAGGGGGAACCAACAGGCUCAGUCGAGGUAAAGAGGAUCCAACUCAUUGACAGUAUAGAUGAGAGGAUAUGCAUAGGCCUCCGUUUGUCUUCCUACAACACUGCUGAGGACAUGUUCAGGGUGCUGGGAAACAGAUAUGGAAACAAGUCUACAAUUGCCUUGGAGAUAAUGGAGGAUCUGGAGAAAAUUCCUGCUUUAACCUGUUGGGGCUAG